ACAGACAGACAGACAGACAGACAGACAGACAGACAGAUAGAGAAGAAAAGAGUGAAUUUCCUCUAAAUAAAUAAAGUUAGAUGAAGAGAAAGACAGACGGGCAGGCAGAAAAUAAGUCAAUGAUCUGUUAUGUAAGGUUGCAGCUGUAGUUUUGAGCCUCAGGUCUCUACAGGAUGAAUGACAGUCAGUUAUGCAUCUGUCUCUCACUCUACCCUACAGCAGCCGUUUUCGGCAGAUCUGUUCAUGUACAGAACAGCAUUGAGAUUAAUAAUGCUGUAUUCUUAGCACAACCUGAUCAUCUUACUGCAGGUCAUCAUGCAGUCUUUUAAAGAUUUUUUAUUCAAAAAGACAUUAAAGGGUAGAAAAGCAUGGAAAGAGAAUUGAUCCAGCUCAUUACCAAUACAUUAAAUGCAGCAUGGUUGAGGCUCUUCUUCCGCAUGGUGUCCCUAGACUUGUUACCCAUGUUAACCACGUUUGGUGUAAAUGUAAAGCUGGCUGAUUCCUUAUGUUAAAAGCAGACACAGAAAACUUCAUUGCUUUCUCACGGGAAAUCAAUAUUUGACUUCCCUGUUUUGAUAACCCCCUCCAGACAGGAACAUGUGGCUUUGAUAAAGACUAUAUUAAAAACAAAAACAUGUUGUAAAGCGCUUAAUCUUUUUCUUUCUCUGGUGAAAGGAAGUAACGCUCUGCAUAUCUGUUAUACAUGAGAGCACAUAAACAGACGUGUUUGCUGUGAUGUGGUGAUAGCACAGUUUAGUUUUCAUACUUUCAUUGUCAAAGCCAUUGACAUAGGAUGGCCAUACAUAUCAAGGGAGGGGUCCUGGAUUGGUCAGGGGCUGUGUAGAGCUUUCCUGAGAAGACCAUUGUGCUGAGGCAGCGGAAAACUGCCUAGAAGAGAUGAACAAAGAGCGGUGACCAACAUCACAAUGGUAGAGAAACAAGAGAGCUUAAACAAAGACCCUUUCCAGAAGGCCGGGCCACCAUAAAGGGGCACGCGUCGCUGUCUGUGCCGUUUAGCUGAAGAAAAAAUAUUUGAGUUUGCACUGUAGCAAUGUAUGCGGGCAAGUAGUGGCCAGCCACCUAAAAAAAGCAUCAGGAACAAAAAUGCCUUUGCCACGACGUCGAUCGUCCUUUCUAGGCCAGGCAACGAAUGAGUGGCCGGGCGGUGUGGGUCGCAUGGGAGCCGAAGGGACCUCUGCACCCCGCGGGGUGUUUGUAGGCAUGGCUCCCACCGGCGGUGCAAGUAGCCUGGGCACACGUGUGUCCCGCAGAGCUCUGGGCAUCAGCAGCGUAUUUCUGCAAGGUCUCAGGAGUUCCACCGUCCCUGUUGUGACCAAUUAUGGUGAUAGAGGCCAUCAGCUUGGCUUUGACAGUCUCAACACAUGCCUGCUGGAGUAUCGAGAGAAAGUUCACGCUCUAGAGGAGCUCAACCAGCAGCUGGAGGAACAGAUCAGACACUUCUUGGAUCGUAAAGCAUCUAGCGACGGGACAUGGAGCGUACUGAAGCAAGCCUGGGAGGAUGUUUAUAUAGAGGUCAGUGAAGCCAUCCUGGACAACGCUCGAUUAAUGCUACAGACUGAGAACGUCCAAGCCAAUGCAGAGGACUUCAAGGACAGGUAUGAAAAUGAACAGCCGUUCCGUAAGGCGGUGGAGGAUGAGAUUAAUUCACUGUACAAGAUCAUCGAUGAUGCAAACCUGACCAGGACGGACCUUGAAAAUCAAAUUGAAAGCAUGAACAACGAACUGAUGAAUCUGGAGCAAAUCCACACAGACGAUGUCAGAAUGCUUUAUAAGCAGAUGGGUGGCCGUGAUGAUCCAGAUGCUCCCACUGAAACCAGUCUGGACCAGAUUCUUGAUUUCAUUCGUUCCCACUGGGAAAAGGUCAUCGAGAAGAAUCGUGUCGAAACUGAUGCCUACUUUGAGUGCAAGGCUGAGGGUGUGAAAAUUAAACUGAGUCAAGAAGAGGCGGAGCUUGAGGGCCUAAAGACAGAGUGCAAUGAUGCCGGCUGCAAGAUUCAGAGUCUACAAGCUGAGACUGAAUCUAUCAGAACUCUGAAACGUGGCCUGGAGAAUGCCCUCAAUGAUGCCAAGCACUGGCAUGGCAUUGAGCUUCAGAAUCUGGGCUCGGUUAUUAGAAAGCUGGAAGCGGAGCUCGGUGAUGUCCGGGGAGACAUCGAGCAGCAGAAGCGCGACUACGAAACUUUGCUUAACAACAAGAUGAAGCUAGAGAUGGAAAUCGGAUCGUAUCACGGUAUCCUGGACGGAGAGGAGAGCAGAUUUGGCGCUUCAGCGUGCCCUGGUGGCUCUUCAGUACCCAAGGGACGACCUUCUCCCAUACCUGACAUCUGUGGAGCACAGAGCCGUCCUCAGUUGAAAUGUUGUGAUGCCCCUGACACUGCAGAGGAAAGCAAGGAAUGAACUAUUUUGCUUAAUUCACAUUGAUAUUAUGUUUCUUCACUUGUAAUCUGUUUGAGGUGUACAGUGCAACAUUUAUAAAUUAGCAAUUAAACA